AUGGCACCGAAGGCGGACAAGAAGCCAGCCGAGAAGAAGCCCGCGGCGGAGGAGAAGGCACCCAAGGCGGCGGAGAAGAAGCCCAAGGCCGAGAAGUGGCUACCGUCGUCCAAGGAUGGCGCCGCGGGCGGUGACAAGAAGGGCAAGAAGAAGAGCGUGGUGCAGCCGGACAUCGGCAUCUCCUCCAAGGCCAUGUCCAUGAUGAACUCCUUCAUCAACGACAUCUUCGAGAAGCUCGCGCAGGAGGCGGCGCGCCUCGCCAGGUACAACAAGAAACCCACCAUCACGUCGCGCGAGAUCCAGACCUCGGUCCGCCUCGUCCUCGCCGACGAGCUCGCCAAGCACGCUGUCUCCGAGGGCACCAAGGCCGUCACCAAGUUCACCUCCGCCUAG